AUGGUCAAGCACGCGACCGAGAAGACGGGGCUCAUGGCCGCCAAGAAGGGCGUCGAGAUUGAAAUGUACUCGGCGGGCACCGGGACGCGCGAGCGCCGGCAAGACGACGAUGACGACGACGACGCGCCCGUGCUCUUUGGCUACGAGUCGCUCGACAAGGACAUGAUUCCGGCACAGCAAGAGUUUCUCGAGCUCUCGAGCAUGGCGCUGCAGCUCUCAUUGCGGCAGAUGGUGCGCCAGGUCAUGACCAUCACGGACGCAGCGUUCCAGGGGCACAUUGGCACCAAGCAGCUCGCCGGCGUCACGAUUGCGUCCGUCUACAUGGGCGUGCCGUCGACGUUCAUCCAGAAUGCGAUUCCCGCCAUCAGCACGCUGUGCAGCCAGGCGUAUGGCGCCGGCAACAACACGCUCGUGGGCAUUUGGCUGCAGACAUGCAUCGUCUUCUCGGUCGUCGGCGCGAUCCCGAUCAUCAUCUGGUACAUGUUUGUGGGCCACAUGAUUGCAUUGACACUCGACGACACGGAAGCGGUGGCGUACGGACAACAGUUUGCGAUGAUCAUGGCACUCGGGCUGAUCCCGCAGUACCUCUAUGGCUGCUUGACGACCUACUUUGCAACCCAAGGCGUCAUCAUGCCGGCGACCUUGUGCAGCACGCUCACGGUUGUCCUCAACAUUGUCUUCAACCAGCUUUUUAUCUACGGCGGCUUUGGCUACGACGGCCUCGGCUUCAUCGGGUCACCGAUCGCGACCGUCACCAGCACGUGCCUCCAGCUCCUCAUCUUUGUCGCCUACACCGUGUGGUACAAGCAGUACCACCUCGCGUACUGGGGCGGCUGGACCAUGGAGUGCGUCAGCAAGGAGCGGCUCAUGGUCUUCCUCCCGCUGGCGGUGCCCAUGGGCAUGUCGUCCGUCGUCGAUUGGGCCUCGGCCGCCUGCACGACCGCCUUCUCCGGCUACCUCGGGCCGGACAUUGCGGCGUGCCAAGCCGUGCUCAACGGCGUCUUUGGCGUCGUGAACGCCUUCGUCUCUGGCUUCUCGACGUCGACGCAGAUCCGCAUGAGCCGGUACCUCGGCCAAGGCAGCGCGGUCGCAGCCAAGCGUGUGCUCUCGAUUGGUGCGUCGAUCGUGGCCGUCUGCGGCGUCACCAUGGUGCUGCUCGUGUACCUUCUCAACGAGUCGCUCUUCCGCGUCUGGAGCCCGGACCCGGUCAUCAUCGCCAUGUGCCGGUCCGCGCUCGUGGUCUUUGUGUGCUGCAUCAUGGUCGCGUUCGGUCGGUUCAUGAUGACGGCGUGCCUCAACGCGCUGUCGAUGGCCAAUAUCAACUUGAUCGCCAACAACAUUGGCUCGUGGUGCCUCUAUGUCCCGCUCAGUUAUGUGCUCCCGAUCACGCUCCAAUGGGGCCUCGACGGCUUCUGGUACGCCGACAUGUGCGGCGAGGCGAUGAAGGCGGUCAUUUUGACCUGGGGCAUCCUCCGCGUCGAUUGGAACGCAGCAGCCGACUUUGCGCAGCGGGCCGCCGAAGUCACGGAAACGCGCAACCCGAUGCAAGAAGAACAGCGGGAGCUGCUCGCGUACGAGACCGAAGCGCUGUUGACGCCGACGAUGUUCAAGAGCCCUGGGGCGCAGUUCGGGUCCGUGCCCCACCACACGCCGAGCGUGCUCAAGCGCGCGCUGUCGCUGACGCCGAAAGCAAUGCGCCGCCAGAAGGACGCAAACGUGUAG